AUGACGCACAACAAGUACUUCUUCUCCGGCCGGCUCGAGGCGGUGCGCCAGGACCCGGCGGGCGGGAACCGGACGCAGGAGUACGCCGAGCCCAACGAGGAGGGCCCGCACGAGGCCGACGUCGUCCCGCUCGUCAAGAUUGCCGACCCAGUGCACGGCGCUCCUGCGUUCAACAUCAACCCAAUGUUGCUCGAGGGCAUCCGGAUGGGCGAUCGGUUCUGGGAGCUCGCCAAGCUCACCACGUUUGGGGAGGUCGUCGACGCCAUCUUCUACGAGGUCAAGUACGUUACCCCGUGGGUGCCAGGCACGCACGGCAAGCGCUCCAGCGGCAUGCAGAGCGCCGUGCGCGGCGUGUCGAACGCGGGCACGCCCGGCAUCGCCUACACCAUGCUGCUCAAGCUCUUCCUGCUGCGGCUCACCCGCGACCAGGUGCGGUCGCUGCUGCGCCACCCGGACUCGCCCUACAUCCGCGCAAUCGGCUUCCUCUACCUGCGGCUCGGGCUGUACGACUUCAAGGAGCUCUGGGCGUGGUUCCAGCCGUACCUCGGCGACGACGACCAGUUCUUCAUCGACGGCACCCCCGCCACCGCCACCACCAUCGGCGAGUUUGUGCGCCGGCUGAUGACUGACCAGGACUUCUUCGGCGACCGGCUGCCGCGGCUCCCCGUCCUCGUGUCGCGCCAGAUCGAGGACAAGCUGCAGAAGGCCGCGUCGGGCGUCACGGACGAGCCGCCGACGGAGGCGGGCGGCGGCGGCGGCGGCAGCGGGUGGGGCCCGGAGGACGCGGAGCGGCUGAAGCGCAAGCGGGCGGAGCUGGCCGAGGCGGAGGGCAAGGUGCGCUCGCUGCGCAAGCUGCUGAGCGAGCGGGAAGCGCAGGCGGCGAGGCGGUAGCGGAAGAGCGGGGAGAGAGUGGGAUGGCGGUUGUGAGAGCAAGUUUGAGGCCCAGCCCAGUCUUUGGUAUCCUCUUUGGGGUUGAUCAGAGGAAGGUAACAUACAUCGAGAUCUCUGCGGGACACCAGUAGAUUUGUUGAGUGGAGAUCGUAGAUGCCGAUCAGAGAUCUUCCACACACAGCAUCUCUCACAAAACUCAGAGAUCUUUAACUGAAGAUAGAGAAGAUCUUGUU